AAGAAAAGGCAAGCCAAACAAAACACUGAGAUUGUCUCUGCCAGUUCCCCUGGAUCUCCUGUUUCCAAAACACCUUCUGAGAAAGAUGAUGAAAGUAAAGUUAUUUUGGAGCAAAUCAGUUCCUCUGAAGACAACUGUAAAUUUGCUGGGGAAAAGGAAACUGCUCCAGACAAAGAAAAGAAAAAGAAAAAAUACAAUCAACUGAAAGACAUCAGACGCACAGAACUUAAAAGAUACUAUAGUACUGAUGACAAUCAAAACAAAACCAAUGAAAAGAAAGAGAAAAAAAUGGUUUCUCAGAAACCUCAUGGUACCAUAGAAUAUACUGCUGGAAAUCAGGACACCAUAAACAGCAUAGCAUUAAAGUUUAACAUCACUCCAAACAAGCUUGUGGAGCUCAAUAAGCUUUUCACACAGACGAUUGUGCCAGGCCAGAUUCUCUUUGUGCCAGAAACAAGCGCUGUGAGGCUGUCUUCUUUCAGUCCUGUUGUGCCUGUUUCUCCUUCAUCAUCAGAUGCUGAAUAUGAUAAACUCCCUGAUGCUGAUUUGGCAAGAAAAGCAUUCAAACCAGUUGAGAGAGUCCUGUCCUCUACUUCAGAAGAGGAUGAGCCUGUGGUUGUCAAAUUUUUAAAAAUGAAUUGUCGUUACUUCACAGAUGGUAAGGGUGUAGUGGGAGGAGUCAUGAUAGUAACUCCAAACAAUAUCAUGUUUGACCCACAUAAGUCUGAUCCUCUGGUUAUUGAGAAUGGCUGUGAAGAAUAUGGGCUCAUCUGCCCCAUGGAGGAGGUUGUCUCAAUAGCACUCUACAAUGACAUCUCUCACAUGAAGAUUAAAGACGCGUUGCCAUCUGACAUACCAAAGGAUCUUUGUCCUCUGUACAGGCCAGGAGAAUGGGAAGACCUGUCCUCUGAGAAAGAUAUCAAUCCUUUCAGCAAAUUCAAAUCCCUUAGCAAGGAAAAGAGGCAGCAGAAUGGGGAUCCAUCCAUUGCUCUGGAUGCCAGACAGAUAAAGCCUUCAGAUAAGGAAAAGUCUGCUGAUUUUGAAGUUCUUCAGUCAUCUGAGAGUACAGGCUCAAUCAAGUCAAAGUCAGUGGAGUUUCCCAACAACAUCACUGCCACUGAACAUUUAGAAAAGUUUGCUGUGGAUCCAUGUGCCAAGGAGCCCUCUGGGGAAAAAAAUGAUUCAGACAUCAAAACCAAAGAAAAAUCCCUUUUGGGAGAAGGGGAGGAUGACUUCAUUGAGCUGGAAAAGACGUCAUCUCAUAUGGAUAGAGGGUUGGACAGGAAAACCUCAGUAAUGGAAGGCUUGCUGGCUCACCCCAGGGAGUUGGGGAGAACUAAGCAGCAGGUAACCAAACCCACUACAGAAGUCCAGGAGCACUUGACAGUUGAUUCCUUGGAAAAAAAGGACAGUGUUGAACCUAAAGCUGACUUAGACUUAGAGCUGUGUGAAAAGCAAGAUGUUAUUCCAGAAGUAAACAAAUGUAUCAGUUCCCCGACAGGUAAGGUGGAGACUGCACUGGACACUAAGAAAGAGCUAGAGAAAGAUAAACUUAUUGAAUUUUACCUCAAUAAAGAUGGGAAUGGGUCUCAGUCAUCUGAAGACUUACACAAGGCUGAAAUCCAGAAAGGUGAAAACAAUAAAGCAAUUGGCAUAGACCUUACACUUAGCUGUUCAAAGUCCCACGCUAAUGAAGUCCAUACAGUUAAAAGUAUGGAGCUUGAUUCCUGCUGUGUUGAAAGAAAGGCACCUUCAUUAGAAAUCAGCUCAGCAGCAGCAGAGGAAAAGGAUCUGAAAGAGUCUGUGGGCUCUUCAUUAGUACCAGCUGUAGACAAGACCUGUCAAGAAACACAGUUAGACAAUCAAUCAGAAAUCAGACUGUGGCUGCUGCAGAAAAUUCAAGUGCCAAUUGAAGAUAUGCUUCCUUCAAAAGAGGAGAAGAGCAAGACUCCUCCAAUGUUUCUGUGCAUUAAAGUAGGCAAGCCCAUGAGAAAGUCCUUUGCGUCUCAGAGCACCACCAUGUCUCAACAGUACAGUAAAAAGAUAAAGCAACCAGAGUACUGGUUUGCUGUUCCUCGGGAAAGGGUGGAUCACUUGUACACAUUUUUUGUUCAGUGGUCACCAGAAAUAUAUGGGAAGGAUGCCAAAGAGCAAGGUUUUGUCGUGGUAGAAAAGGAGGAGCUUGACAUGAUAGACAACUUCUUCAGUGAGCCCACUACUAAAAGCUGGGAGAUCAUUACUGUGGAAGAAGCAAAACGACGAAAGAGCGUUUGCAGUUACUAUGAAGAUGAUGAUGAUGAUACUUUGCCUGUCUUAAAGCAUCACAGCGCCCUCCUGGAGAAUAUGCACAUAGAGCAGCUUGCCCGGCGCUUGCCUGCACGAGUGCAGGGAUAUCCAUGGCGGCUUGCAUACAGUACACUGGAGCAUGGGACUAGCCUGAAGACUCUGUACCGUAAAUCAUCGUCUCUCGACAGUCCGGUUCUCCUCGUCAUCAAGGAUAUGGACAACCAGAUAUUUGGAGCGUAUGCUACGCAUCCCUUCAGGUUUAGUGACCAUUACUAUGGCACUGGUGAAACAUUCCUCUACACAUUCAGUCCAAAUUUCAAGGUAUUCAAAUGGAGUGGAGAGAACACCUACUUCAUCAAUGGAGACACCAGCUCUCUAGAGCUCGGAGGGGGAGGUGGCCGGUUUGGCUUAUGGUUAGAUGCAGAUUUGUAUCAUGGGCGAAGCAACUCCUGCAGCACCUUCAAUAAUGACAUCUUAUCUAAAAAAGAAGAUUUCAUAAUACAAGACGUAGAAGUAUGGACAUUUGAAUGAAAUACUGACUGCCUUAAGGACCGGAUCCAUUAGGCACUUAAACGCUAACUAGAAGGUGCAGGCUGCCUCACAAUGUUACACGCUUUUUCCUCAAGUUUGUACCAGAGCAUGACUACGCAAAAAAACCCAAACAACCAACCCAAGAAAAAACAGAGCUGGUUUUGAGAGGCAGUAAGAGACAGAACAGAACAGCAGGAGAUCAGUCUGAAGUGAUU